CGGUCGUUACUAUGGUGACAACAUUGCACACUGAAUCGAAAACAUGUCCGCUACAGCAAAGGCUCCUGGUUUACACACCACAUCUCUCCUGGACAGUUCAGAAGAGAGAAAACAGCAAAGAAGAAGCCGUGUGAAAGUAAAACUGGAAGAUGCAAGACGUCGGGCUUUGGGUAUAAGGCCAGAAACACCACCAGAGGAUGACUCAGACCCAGAGCAAGGUAGAUUAAGCUCACAACAGAUUCUAAAAAGUAAAGAACGUUUGAAGAAGUUGGUUUCUGAUGGAUAUCAGCUAGUGACUGGAGUUCUGGUAGCUGGAGAGUCCAGGGAAGUUACUAGGAGACAAGAAGAGACAGAGGCAAAGAAAGCUUGCUCAGAAAAGAUUGAAGCAGAAGCUAAUGCUGCUGUUGAGAGAUUUGAUGAAAUAAUGAGGAAGUGGACUAACUUUGAAAGCAAGAAUGAAAAAGUUCCACAAGAUCUUCAUAUUCUCAUUCAACAGCAGAAGAAAUCCUGCGACGAAAUGUUAGAUGAAAAGAACAAGCUUAUCAAUGAGUUUGAAGAAGACCUCAAGCUUAAAGAUGAGCAAUUUGUGAAGCAUCUUAAAAAGGAAGCAGAAGAUGUUGAUCUGUUGGUUGAGAGAAUGGAAGAGCAGGCACGCUCUCUUGUGCGAGCUUUUCAAGAAGAGCUAAAUGAGAUAGAAAAGUCGUUUUCUCUCGAAAGGCAAGAGCUAGUUGAAAAGCAAACCACAUCUAUACGAGACAUGACGCAAACACGAAGUGAAAAGGAGUCAGAGUACAUUGAAAUUAGAGAGAAACGUCUUGAAGAGAAUGAAGCUAAAAUCAAUCACAUUCGUAUGAGAAAUGCCGAAGAGCUCAAUGAAAUAAAGAUCAAGCUUGAAACAGACAUACAGCACUUGCAGCAGCAGAUUCAACAAAUGAAAGCUACAUUCCAGUUAAAUGCUGAGAAAUUAGAGUACAAUUAUCAAGUAUUAAAAAAGCGGGAUGAAGAGAACAUGAUUAUAAUCAGCCAGCAAAAGCGAAAACUGACUCGUUUACAAGACGUACUUAACAACCUGCACAUAAAACUCUCGAAGCAAGAAAAGCAUAACCGAGAUGAAAUUGAAUCCUUAAUGGCUGAAUAUCAAAAAAAUAUCGAGCAAUAUAAGGAACUGCAGAAAAAAUUCAAACACUUCCAAUUGAUUGAUGCUAAGAGGUUCUAUGACAUUUGGCAAAUGAAUGAAGAAAGAAUUCGAAGUGUUUGUAGCAGUGUCUGCCAGAUCGAUGAAAUAAUUCAUAAGCAGCAGCUAGGACUGGAAUGGCAAGCACCAACUCAACCUGCAAGUCCUCUUCAGCCAUUUUUAAUGCAGAUGAAUCGUGACGUCAGCAAUGCAACAAUGUAUGCAUCUCAAAUCCUGUCAGAUCCAGGUGAUGCUGAUGAAGCUGCUACUGGUAGUGCCAUGCCAUCUACAAGUCACAAAAGUUUUCCAUUUUCCACCAUGAAGCAUAUUUUAGAGCUUAUUGCAAAUGAGGGUUCAUUUCUACUGGAGUCAAAGCUGGCACAUUUGCUAUCUCCGCUUGAUAAAGAAGAGCAAAUGUUAAUGAAACUGGAUUCAAUUUUUAAGGCUUUGAACGUUACCAGCGAGCACGAUGUGAAUGAGCUAAUGAAGUUCUUUGUCAAGUCAACUCAAGAUGAUGAUUCCGAUGAUGCUCCAAUUGUGGACUUUGAAAUCUUUGAUCCGAAUCAAGUUCCACACAUUCUGAAGCAGUUUACAGAGACUCGUCAGUCUCAGUUACAUGCAUCGUCCAGCAAUGAAGCAUCCAAUUUUAAAGUCCUUGGUCUCCAUGGUAGUGAUGGAACAGAAGAAUUAUUGAAAACCCCAUUCUGGUCCAAUAUGACAAAUCUCCUGCCGAAAGAGCACAAAAAGAUGUGGACUGCUCUUACUGACAGUUUAGAAAAGUAUCAUUCUAUUCUGUCCACUCGUUCCAAGUUGCUCAAUGAGACAGAAGGUGUACGUCAGCAGAAUAGUGAGCUACGACUGCUGCUGCACCAGUACAUGCACUCCUCUGUUAACAAAGAAUUAGAAGUACCUCCUGUAAUGAUGAUGCCUAUUGCAACAGGAACACAUUGAAAUUGAUAAUAAACUCACAUAAUUAUUACUUCAUUUACUUUAGUUAUAAAAUUAA